AUCAAAUGAUCUUAUGCAUACAUCUGUGCGUACAUCUUUCUAUAAGUUCCCCCUCCAGUUUGUGCAACGAGUUCAGAACGAGUAAGUCCACCAUUCGUAUGAGUCGACAUAACCUAGAAUUAUGUCAAAUAAACAAUCACCAUGGUCAUACUGAAUUAUGAAAACGAAGUAGAUGUAAAAAUGAAUAAAAUUGAUGAAUCUGAAAAGAAGCGACUGGAGUCAUUGAAACGAAAGAAGGAAUUAUUUAAAGCUAAAGAACUUGCAGUGCAAUGUGCACUGAAGAACUUGGAUAACAAAUUGAACAAAAAUAAAAUAAUAUUUGAUGAAAAUACUGAUGAAAUAUUGAAACCUAAAAUUAAGAAGAAAGCAGUGAAGGGGAAACAUAAUUUGUUUGAUGAUACUAUCGACGAUGAUGAAGAUAAUAAUGAACCAGUUUGGGAAUUGGACAAUUUUCGAUCUGACAAAAAGAGUCGUAAUAUUACUUUAGGAAAUGAUGAACGAUUUAAGAUAAAUGAACAUUUCAUGGAUGAUUAUGAUGCAUUGGAAAAAGAUAGUGCAACGGCAAACAACGAUGAAACUGACCUGCAGAAAGAAAAGAAAAUGCAGCUAAAUAUUCUAGAAAAUAUUUUAGGUGUACCAAUUCAGAAGACUUUCAAAAGCAAAGAAGCGAAUAAAGAUCCAAAGAUCGCAAAGAAACAGAUGAUUAGAUAUGAUCCUACAGAAAGCAAUCAUAAAGAGUAUGAAAUUGUUCCGCAAACAUCUGAAGCAGAUACGAAGAGAAUUAAGAAGAGGAAGAAAAACAAGGAUAUUACAGAAAAUACUGUGGAAACUGCAUCUGCAGAAGUAUCAAAAGAUAUUUACUUCUCUGUAUCAGACUCGUUGACAAAAAGCUUGAAAGAUGGAGGUCAAUUUAGUUUAUUAAAAACAUUUGGAAAAGAAGAAGUUCAUGAAAAAGAGGAGCAAGUAUAUAGUGCAAAGACUAUAGACUCUAAAAGUAAAAAAUUUCAAUUUAAUUUUGAUACGAAAAAUCCAUUUAAAUAUGAUUCAUCCGACGAUGAGAAUGACAAUAAAGAAAUUGAACUGAAGAAAGAGGUGCCACAGCCACAUGUAUCUAAAGCAACGAAUAAAUUUUUCUUCGAUGAUAAUGAUAUACGUUUUAAUGAGGCAGUGUCGUUCUUUUGUAAAGAAUCUAUGCCGGACGAAGAGUUCAAGAGCCUUAGACGAGAAUUGAAACAAAUUGUGCGCACGAAAAUUCGUCAUAAUGUGAAAAAACGUCAACCAUUUGGAUUUAAAAGGAAGGUGAUGAAGCAAACCGUGGGACAUAAAAGAAGAACCUAGAUAAUGAAAUUAAGAAAUUUAUUUAACUUGAUUAAACCUUUUAGAAACCUUAACAUGAAUAUUAAAUUCGUACAAAUGCUUUCCAUGGAGGAAAAAUAAAAUAUUCUGAAAAAAUAUGUAUAUAUAUAUAUAUAUGUAUGUAUACUGCAUAAAAUAUUAAUUCCGAAUACGGAAUUCAUUACUUCGUUAUUUGCCAUUGCAAAUCGAAUAGUUAAUAAUAAUUGUCACCUUUGUAAUAAUUUAAUGCUACUCAAUUAGUUCUUCUUAAAAAAAUAGACUAUAACUGAUCAAUAAAUUUGUAACUUGUAUGCAUA